CCGUGCAAGCCUCCCCGGUGUCCGAGGCCGCAAUGGCGGCACGCGCGUUGAGGCUGCUGACCACGUUGUGGGUUGUCGCCGCCGCUGCCUCCCGAGCAGAGGCCGAAUCCGAGGCAGGAUGGGACAUGACGGCGCCGGAUCUGCUCUUCGCGGAGGGGACCGCGGCCUAUGCGCGCGGGGACUGGGCCGGGGUGGUGCUGAGCAUGGAGCGGGCGCUGCGCUCGCGGGCCGCCCUGCGCGCCCUCCGCCUGCGCUGCCGCACCCAGUGUGCCGCCGACCUCCCGUGGGAGCUGGAGCCGGACUCUCCCCCAAGCCUGGCGCAGGCCUCGGGCGCCGCCGCCCUGCGAGACCUGCGCUUCUUCGGGGGCUUGCUGCGCCGCGCGGCUUGUCUGCGGCGCUGCCUGGGGCCGUCGGCAGCGCACUCGCUCAGCGAGGAGCUGGAGUUGGAGUUCCGCAAGCGGAGCCCGUACAACUACCUGCAGGUCGCCUACUUCAAGAUAAACAAGCCGGAGAAAGCUGUGGCAGCAGCCCAUACCUUCUUCGUGGGCAAUCCCGAGCACGUGGAGAUGCGUCAGAACCUGGACUAUUACCAGGCCAUGUCUGGGGUGAAGGAGGCAGACUUCAAGGAUCUGGAGGCCAAACCCCAUAUGCACGAGUUUCGGCUGGGAGUGCGCCUGUACUCGGAGGAGCAGCCGCAGGAGGCCGUGCCCCACCUCGAGGCCGCGCUGCAGGGGUACUUCGUGGCCGACGAGGAGUGCCGCGCCCUCUGCGAAGGGCCCUACGACUACGACGGCUACAAUUACCUGGAGUACAACGCCGACCUCUUCCAGGCCAUCACAGAUCAUUACAUCCAGGUCCUCAGCUGUAAGCAGAGCUGUGUCACCGAGCUCGCGUCCCACCCAGGCCGAGAGAAGCCCUUCGAAGACUUUCUGCCGUCACAUUAUAACUACCUGCAGUUUGCCUACUAUAACAUUGGGAAUUACACACAGGCCAUUGAAUGUGCCAAGACCUACCUCCUCUUCUUCCCCGACGAUGAGGUGAUGAGCCAGAACCUGGCCUACUACACAGCCAUGCUCGGAGACGAACCAGCCGGAUCCAUCCGCCCCCGUCAGAGCGCCCAGGAGUACCGACAGCGAAGCCUGCUGGAGAAAGAGCUGCUCUUCUUUGCUUACGACGUUUUUGGAAUUCCCUUUGUUGACCCGGAUUCGUGGACUCCGGAAGAGGUGAUUCCCAAGAGACUGCAGGAGAAACAGAAGUCCGAACGGGAAACAGCCGCCCGCAUCUCCCAGGAGAUCGGAAACCUUAUGAAGGAGAUUGAGACCCUCGUGGAGGAGAAGGCCAAGGAGUCGCUGGACGUGAGCAGGCUGACCCGGGAAGGUGGCCCCCUGCUUUUUGACGGCAUCCGUCUCACCAUGAACUCCAAGGUCCUGAACGGCUCCCAGCGGGUGGUGAUGGACGGCGUCAUCUCGGCCGAGGAGUGCCGGGCGCUGCAGAGGCUGACCAACGCGGCAGCAACUUCGGGAGACGGCUACCGGGGUCAGACCUCCCCGCACACCCCCAGUGAAAAGUUCUACGGCGUCACCGUCUUCAAGGCCCUCAAGCUGGGGCAGGAAGGGAAGGUCCCCCUGCAGAGCGCCCACCUGUACUACAACGUGACCGAGAAGGUGCGGCGCGUCAUGGAGUCCUACUUCCGCCUGGACAGCCCCCUCUACUUCUCCUACUCCCACCUGGUCUGCCGCACAGCCAUCGAAGAGGCACAGGCUGAGAGGAAGGACAGUAGCCACCCCGUCCACGUGGACAACUGUAUCCUGAACGCCGAGGCCCUCGUGUGCAUCAAGGAGCCCCCCGCCUACACCUACCGGGACUACAGUGCCAUCCUUUACCUGAACGAAGACUUUGACGGAGGAAACUUCUAUUUCACUGAACUAGAUGCCAAGACUGUGACGGCAGAGGUGCAGCCCCAGUGCGGAAGGGCCGUGGGAUUCUCUUCGGGCACCGAAAACCCACACGGAGUGAAGGCUGUCACGAGAGGGCAGCGCUGUGCCAUCGCCCUGUGGUUCACUCUGGAUGCGCGACACAGUGAGCGGGACAGGGUGCAAGCGGAUGACCUGGUGAAGAUGCUUUUCAGCCCAGAGGAGACGGAUAUCCCCCACGAGCAGCCCCCGGAAGCCCAGGAGGGCCCCCUCCCGCCUGCACGGGAGUCCGUCUCCAGCAGUGAGUCGGGGCACAAGGAUGAGCUCUGAGAGCUCACACAAGGACGGCGAUCGGACCCACGUGAGAACUCGGCCCUGCACCCUGGACUGGCCAGCCCUGGGCCAGGAGCAGCAGGGAACUUAGGUCUGCUGCCCAGCUGAGGGGACUCUGCUCCCCGCCGUCCGGCACGGUGCUACUGCUCUUGGAGAGGACAUGGCAGGACGGCCCUCUCCUCCGGACCUGACCGAGGGCUCGGGGUGCAGGCCCAGAGCUGCUCCAGGGGCCUCACAGGCAGCCACGUGACAGCCCUGCCGUAUUUAAUGUCUGUGUCGAUGACCAAAGAAUAAACGAGUCGUGGUUUCUUA